UUGAUGCGGUGAUGAAGUCCUCGGUGACCAGCGUACAGUAGUCAGCCCUACGAGCUACUUUAGCGCACAACUUUCAGUAUCCGAGCUGUUCGUCUUGUCUGCUGACUUGUCCGGAGAACAAACCAGACAUUUUUCUCCCAGUUUAAGUCUAAUUUUUGCCUGUUAAUCCAGGCCAAGCUAGACGUGUCGCGCACCACCUUUCGUGGAUUUUUCCUCCCGCAGCCAAAAUAGUCUGGUGCUUUACGGGGGUUGAAAAAAACGAAAACACACUUUGGGUGGAUUGUUUUGCCGAACAUGACGAGAAGAUGUGGAAAUAGGUACGAGCCGAGUGAUAAUGAGGAUUAUCUCUAACACAUAUGCAGUGAGGUGCCCUGGUUGCGGAUUCAUCCUGCUCGGUCAUCGAGCUAAGGGGGAGAAUUUGGGAGAAGUCGCGUGGAGCACAAAGAGCUUAUUAAAGCCGAGGAUACAACAAGUUUGGACCAUGCACCCCCAGUGCUGACAGAGGACCGAGGUGGGAGACUGACGCCUGUUUCUGACUGCUGUUUUCUGCCCAGAGUUUCACCACAACAGAAAGUUGGACAAUUGAGAGAAGUUUCCAGUCUGUCCUAAUAUCACUUGCUAUUUAAGGAGCAGUGCUUUAUUUCCACAGUCAACUGAAACCGCACUAAGCCAAAGUGUGUUUUGCUGCAGUGUUUUGACCAGACCACAGUGUGAGGCUCUCUGAACUGAAGUCCACUUUAAAUGCGGACUGGCUUGCGGUCAGUGAGUGCACAGCCGAGCUGCCAGUGCCACUUGGUUUUUAAUUCAAGACAAAACAUAAGUCGGUUCAUUUCUAACCAUUUAUUACAAUGGAGCUGACAUACAGAAGCAUUGUCCUGCUGGGGUGCAUCCUUCUAGACUGGGCUCUUCUGGCUUCUGCAGAGGAAGAGGUCCUGAUGAACACUAAGACAGAGACGUCUGAUCUCAAAUGGACCAUCUUCUCACACGCCAAACCCGAGUGGGAGGAAGUAAGCGGUUUAGAUGAGGAGAACAACAGCGUUAGGACCUAUCAGAUCUGUCAGACUGACAGCUCAUCCAGCCAUUGGCUGCGCAGCGGCUUCAUCCAGCGACGAGGAGCGUCUCAGGUUUACGUGGAGCUGCGUUUUACAAUGAUGGAGUGUUCCUCCAGGAGUACCCACCACCGCAGCUGUAAGGAGACUUUUAACCUUUACUACUACCAGGCAGACUCCAAUGAGGCCACAUCCUCUUACCCGCCCUGGAUGGAGAACCCAUACACCAAGGUGGACACAGUGGCUGCGGACUUUCUACUGAGGAAGGGCGGGGAGCGGAAAUUCAAUGUGAAGACCUUAAGACUCGGCCCCCUAUCUAAGAGAGGCUUCUACUUGGCGUUCCAGGCUCAGGGUGCCUGCAUGGCCCUGCUGUCCGUCAGGGUGUUCUUCAAAAAGUGUCCCCCCCUGGUCAGUGCUUUGUCCUCUUUCCCCGAGACAGUUCCCCGCACUCUGGUGCAAGAGGCGCAGGGUGAGUGUGUGGAGCACGCUGCCCAGCAGGGACCUCGACCUCGGCCGCCUAAGCUCUUCUGCGGGGAAGACGGCCAGUGGGUGGGCCAGCCGACGACCUCCUGCGCCUGCCUCCCGGGAUACGAGCCCGCUGAAGGACACACUAGAUGCACAGGCUGUCCUGUGGGUCAGUUCAAGUCAGCUGCAGAGGGACAGUGCAGAACCUGUCCAGAAAACAGCCGCGCUGAAAACGGAGGGACAUCUGUGUGUGAGUGUCGCCCUGGACACUUUCGUGCAGAGUCUGACACUCCCGACACGCCGUGCAGUAAACCUCCCUCGGCGCCACGCAGCAUUGUCACCCAGAUCAACGACACCACGCUCAGUCUGGAGUGGAAUGAGCCUCUUGACAGCGGUGGCCGAACAGACCUGAGCUAUGCCGUCAGAUGCUCUGUGUGCAGGUCACCAAAGGGGCCGUGCCUGUCCUGCGGAGACAGCGUCAGCUACCGGCCCACGCAGCACGGCCUGCUGGGACGCAGGGUGGAGGUGUGGGGCCUGCUGCCUCACACCACAUACACCUUCACAAUCCAGGCUCUUAACGGGGUGUCUCAGGUCAGCAGCAAGGAGCCUAACAGCGAAAGUGUCAACAUCACCACAAGCCAUGACGUGCCGUCGCUGGUGUCUGUGAUUCGGAAGAGUGACUCCACAGAGAGCAGCCUGACUCUGCACUGGUCAGUCCCGGCUCAGCCUCACUACACCAUCCUGCAGUAUCAGCUACGCUACUGUGAGAAGGAGCGACGUAGUGAAGACCAGUGCCACUACACAGAGAGUAACAGAAACCAGGCUGUGCUGACGGACCUCCGCAGGGCCACUCAGUACGAGGUGCAGGUUCGGGCGCGCACCAUGGCUGGCUAUGGCAGCUUCAGUCCUACAGCUGUCUUCCACACACUGCCUGAUGGUCACGACUCCGCCGCCCAGUUCUUAGUACCUGGCAUCCUGAUCGCUGUUGGGAUGUUGCUGCUUGUCACUUUCGUCUUGGUGGCUGCCUACUGCAUACGCAGACACAGCCGAGUUAAAGACCCAGAGCUGAGCGACAAAAACAGCCAGUACCUCGUCGGCCAAGGGGUCAAGGUUUAUAUCGACCCCUUCACCUAUGAGGACCCUAAUGAGGCCGUGCGAGAGUUUGCCAAGGAAAUUGAUGUUUCCUUUGUCAAGAUCGAGGAGGUUAUCGGUGCUGGAGAGUUCGGGGAGGUGUGUCGAGGACGGCUGAAGAUCCCGGGGAAAAAAGAGAACUACGUAGCAAUCAAGACUCUGAAAGGAGGCUACACUGACAAGCAGAGACGGGACUUCCUGUCUGAAGCGUCCAUCAUGGGGCAGUUCCAGCACCCCAACAUCAUCCACCUGGAGGGCAUCAUCACGGCCAGCUGUCCGGUUAUGAUCCUCACUGAGUUCAUGGAGAACGGAGCUCUGGAUUCGUUUCUACGCCUGAACGACAGCCAGUUCACUCCCAUCCAGCUGGUGGGUAUGCUGCGCGGCAUCGCCUCCGGCAUGAAGUACCUGGCAGAGAUGAGCUAUGUCCACCGAGACCUGGCUGCCCGCAACAUCCUGAUCAACAGCAACCUGGUGUGCAAGGUGUCCGACUUUGGCUUGUCACGUUUCCUGCAGGAGAACUCCUCCGACCCGACUUACACCAGCUCUCUGGGAGGUAAGAUCCCAAUUCGCUGGACAGCACCGGAGGCGAUAGCCUUCAGAAAGUUUACUUCAGCCUCUGAUGUGUGGAGCUAUGGCAUUGUCAUGUGGGAAGUCAUGUCUUUUGGAGAGAGACCGUACUGGGACAUGAGCAACCAGGAUGUAAUCAAUGCCAUAGAGCAGGACUACCGGCUGCCACCGCCACCUGACUGCCCCACCCAUCUGCACCAGCUGAUGCUGGACUGCUGGCAGAAGGACCGCUCGGCGCGCCCUCGCUUCGCCGAUCUUGUCAGUGCUCUGGACAAGCUCAUCCGCAACCCCGCAUCACUGAAAAUAGUGGCUCAAGAAGGCGCAGGGCCGUCCUACCCCCUGCUGGACCAGCGUGCCCCUUUAGCCCUCUCGUCAUGUGCUUCAGUGGGGGAAUGGCUGAGGGCCAUCAAGAUGGAGCGCUAUGAAGACAGCUUCCUUCAGGCCGGCUUCAACACAGUGGACCAGCUGGCCCAGAUCACCACACAGGAUCUGCUGCACAUGGGAGUGACUUUGGCCGGGCACCAGAGGAAAAUCCUCUCCAGCAUCCAGACAAUGACCUUUCGGAACAAGAGCACUGCGACUGUGACCUUCUAGCUCACCUGUCUGCUGACCUGGACGUGAAAUCCAGCACAAAGGUGCAGCUAAGUACCGAGAGCACUCUGGAUCCUCUCCUGUGACCCACUUUGAACACGGACUCCAAGAGAGCGUGGCAGAAAUUACUAACGACCUGAAAAAAAUGUAGAAAACAACAACA